CUCCUGAUACCUCAUGUACGGUUUACAAUAGCUAUAAACACCAAAGCCCGAGAGCAGCUUAUCUGUGAAUAUGGACUUUUUGACAAGGCAAAUGCCACUGGAGGAGGUGGGCAUGUGCAAAUGGUCCAGCGAGCAAUGAAACAUCUUACCUACAACUCUCUCUGCUUUCCUGAAGAAAUUAAGUCAAGACAUAUGGAAAGCAGUGAGGAUAUUCCAUACUACUACUAUCGGGAUGAUGGAGUUAAAGUGUGGAAUGCAAUCAGAAGUUUUGUGACAGAUAUUGUUAACAUAUAUUAUGGAAGUGAAGAAGCAGUGUGUGAAGACUUGGAACUCCAGGCUUUUGUGAAGGACAUCUUUGUCUAUGGGAUGAGGGGCAACAAGGAUUCAGGAUUUCCUAAGACAAUCAAGACACGGGAAAAGCUUUCUGAAUAUCUUACUAUAGUGAUAUUCACAAGUUCAGCACAACAUGCAGCUGUAAAUUUUGGUCAAUAUGAUUGGUGUUCCUGGAUUCCAAAUGCUCCUCCAACUAUGCGCUGCCCACCACCUACAGAAAAGGGGGAAACCACCAUUGAAUACAUCAUCAAGAGUUUACCUGACAGAGGACGGUCUUGUUGGCAUCUUGGUGCUGUUUGGGCUUUGAGUCAAUUUCAGGAAAACGAAGUGUUUCUGGGGAUAUAUCCAGAUGAACACUUCAUAGACAAGCCAGUGAAAGAAGCCAUAAGGAAAUUCCGCAAGAGUCUUGAUGGAAUUACCAGUUAUAUUGCUGAACGUAACAGGAACAAAAAACUCCCCUAUUAUUAUCUUUCCCCAGAUCAAAUUCCUAAUAGUGUGGCUGUCUGAUUUUUUAAAAAUGAAGAAUCAGUGUAACCAGUCAAAUGGAAAAUUAUCUACAGCAGAAAAGACCAUUAAUAAGAACAGAAACUUAAUUUUUACUUGUUUAAGUUUUAGAAAGCACUUGUAUAAAAACUUGCUACUAUGCUAUCUUUUCAGUAAGAUAAAGUACCAUAACAGCUACAUAUUGCUGACUACAAAAAAUUGAAGGUACUCUGAUUUGUAAACUACUGUAUAGACCAAACGUGUAUCUCUGACCUUCAAAUGCUUUUGAACUAUGCAAACAGGCCAGCAUGAUCAGUGGGAAGGAUACCAAGAGCAGCAAUAUGUGAAGGGCCACAGUUCUCAAGCCCUCACUAAGAAUAAUUUCCAUUUCUCUACUGCAGAUGUAGAGAAUCAGUAAUGAUAUGCUUUAAGUAAUUUUUCAGUUCUGUUUUGUGGAGAUUCAUUAUCAUACGCUAUUUUUGCAUUCUGAUUUUCAUAUCUUGAGUAAUUCAGCAUUUUUCUUGACAUCAAUAAAAUUUAUAAGUUUCUGCCAUCAAUAAUGUAUCUUUUUUUUUUAAUUAAAGGGUGCUAUUUUUUAUCAAUGCAGCAUACCUUUGCCACAUUCAAGAACUCAUUUCUGAAUGACCACUAUCUGUAGGUAAUUAUUAUGUCUCUGUAUUUUCUGCAUUCCAUUUUUCAUUGAUUUCCUCUGUAGCAAAUGCAGGGAAAUUUGAUUUCAAUAGAUACAGAAAGAGCAAAAGGAAAGUUAACCUGUUCAUUAAAAAAAGGCAUGAUAAAAAUAUAACAAUAAUAAAUAAAUAAUAACAACUGAAGCCGAUUGUGUGGAUGGUUUCCCCCAUUAAAA